AUGAAUACACAAUACUAAAGAUUUUUCACUCAAAAACAUGCAUUCGAUUUUGAUGAAUUUGUUUACAAGAGUACAAGAAAUCAGUAAAUUCUGGUUUUUAUGUUAAUGACUAUCUUUGCCUUAGUCAGAAUUGUCUCAACAUUAUUAACAGGGAAAUCUUUUUAUCUUCUUUAUGGAGGAGGGUUUUUAAUCUAUACAAUUAUACUGUUAGUGAUUUCUUAUAAAGGAAAACUAUGGAUUAAGAAAUAUGGAAAUCUAGUAACUUGUUGUGUUCUGAGUUUGAUAUAAAUUUAGACAUAUUUGAUAAACAGCAUAGAAGAAUUUGAGUAAAAUUCAUAAUUAAUUAUGAUCUUUUUAAUGAUUAUAUAUAGUAUAUUGAAUAUGAAAGGAGCAUGUUUUUAGAUUAUCAUAUUCAUUGGAUUUAAAAUUUGGAUUCAAAUAUCAUAGAAUGGCAAUUUCAGCAUAAUGAAACUAAUAUUUUAAUUGCUAGAAGGAAUAACAAUAGGAGUAUAUGUUUAUUUUCAACAGCAAGGACAUAAUAUUAGAUUUUCUUAAGAAUGUUUUCAAAAAUAACUAUGUAAUAAAAUAUAUAAAUUAGUUCGGUUUUUGCCUGAUUUGAUAUAAAAUUAAUUUCUAAUGUUUAACUUAGAUGAACAAAGUUCAAGCUUUCAUUUAAGAUUUUAAAGUGAGAUUACUACUAUAAAAUGGGAUGAUUCUAAUGCACCUACAUCUAAUUUAAGAUCCUUUUUAAGGAAUACUUAUUAUGAAGAUUAAUCUUUAGAAUAAUAUAUUUUAUCAAGAAACAAUCUAUUCGAUAAUAAUUAGAAUUAUUAUUAUUCUCAAAACUUAAUUGUACAAAAUUUAGACAAUAAUAAAUCUCCACUCAAUUUAAAUUAUGUUGAAUGUUUUCUUGGUUAAAAAUAUUAUUUAAUUACUUUUAAUGAGAAUAAAUAUGAUUAUUUAGAAAGUAUUAAUAAUUCAUUAAUUGCUUGCAUUAAUAGAAAUUAAUAACUUACUAUUAGUUUCUUAAAAAAAUAAUUAAACUAAAUUUGUACAAUAAUGACAUCAAAAAUGUAAAUUUAAUUAUUAGCUAAAUUAAAGAUUCAUUGUAUGUAUUUUUUAGGAUAAUUUUUAUAAAUUAAUAGUUUUUCAACAAUAGAUCAUAAAAUAAAAGAUAUUAAUCUCACAAAACUAUUAUAGUUAAUGGUAAAUCUAUAUUGCAAUGCUUAUUAACCUAUUUAAAUAGAAUUAUAAUCAGAUGAAUAUUGUGAUUUUUAUAUUUAGAGUAAUGAAGAAUUAAUUUAAACAUUCUUUUAAAUAUUAUGUUAAUUAUUGAUUCGAUUAAAAGCAAAUGAAUUAAGAAAUUAGAUAAUUUUUGGAUAAGAUUAAGAAAACCCAAAAUUAUUUUAUGUUAUUGUAAGAACUGAAUGUUAUGAAGAAUAUAAAAGAUAACUUGAAAAUAAUCCUUUCUUUUAAAAAAUACAGAGAAGAUUGUGUCCAAAUCUCUCAAUUCUCACAUUAAAUUAAUGUAAAUUAAUAUUUUUUAUUCUAUAAUAGCUGUGAAAUUUUAUCUCUAUAAAAAUUACUAACCUUUAGAAGAGAUUAGAGAGUUAGAAGAUGAAAUUAUUUGA